AUGUCGCACUUACAAUUAGUCUCAGUGCUGUCCCGUUGCCUGUCUGGCUUAAGGAAGAACUCUAAGGAAAUUAGCUUCAUGUUAAAAACUCCGCACGACUUUGAAAUGUACCGAGAGAUUCUUAAGAAGAACAACAUGUUUGACGUUGAACGAGACGUUUUUUUAAAUGUGAAACCCGAAUUGGAGCAAAUGUAUAAAGAUGCUGGACUUCAAGUUAGAUUUGGAGCCACCGCCUAUGAAAUUAAUACACCCGAUGAUUAUGUACUCCUUGAAGAUCUUCGACCCGCUGGCUUCCAGAACGUUGACCGCCUCGAAGGACUUGAUGAAAGCCACGUUCUUAGUGUCCUUACCAAAUUAGCCCAGUGGCACGCAGCCUCUGCAGCUCGCAUUGAGUUUAAAGGCGCUUAUAAGCAGCAUUAUUUUGCACCGACUUAUACGGACGGCAUGCGGCCUCAAAUCGAGGAAACCGCAGAGACUUUGGGAAAGUAUUUAUUCAAGUGCUUGACCAAAUACGAUGACUACGAGUCUUACAGCGAUGCAGUGCAUGCGAUUCAGCCAAAAUUUGUCGAUUUAAUUUACGGAUUGAAUAACCCGGAUCCAGAAGACUUCAAUGCGCUUGCCCAUGGUGAUUUGUGGACCAAUAAUAUACUCUUUCAGUAUAAGGAAGGCAACCCUGAACCUAACGAAACUUAUUUUGUGGAUCUACAGUUGCCUAGAUACUGCUCGGUGGCAUAUGAUCUCAUGUAUUUCUUGCUGGCUUCUACACAAUUUGAUCUGAAGAUCAGUCAUUUCGACUACUUCAUCAAGAAUUAUCAUGAUCAACUGAAAAAGCAUCUUCAAUUGCUCAAAUACCCAGAGGAAAAGAUCCCAACGUUGCGCUCUAUUCAUCAGCAAUUGCUGAAACACGGGUUUGUUGGAUAUCAGGUUGUUUUAAUGCUAUGCCCACCACUACUUCUUGAUCGCACCGAUGAUGCCAAUUUAAGCGAUUUUGUCACCGAAUCAGAUGACGGAGAGGGCUUGAAAAUGCAAAUGUUUAGUAACGCUCGUUAUCGCAAGCAUGUUAGUGCUAUUCUGCCUUGGAUGUUAAAUCGCGGAGCCCUUCAAUUCUAAUCAUUACACACAAAAAAAAAAACCAUUUUAUAAUUCGCACAAUAUUCUGCAUGGCUAUCAAAGUUAACAUUAUUGCACAUGAGUGCAUUUAUAUGUAGCACUAAAGAUAAAUAACUUUAAAUUACUCUAAAAUGUGUGUAUUAACAAAGUAUAAAUAUAAAAUACUUCAAGGAUUUGCAAAUCAUUAUUUUAAUUGAUACUUAAAUGAAAAUAUGGCAUUAUCCCGAAGAUAAUCUGUUAAGUUUCGACAACGUUGUUAUCUAAAAUAUUAUUUAUCU